UGCGAGUAGAACACCAGCUAAAGGCAAAGUUGGAAGAUUUCCAUUUUUGGAAAUUUUUGUUAACUAAGGCGCCGAGAAAGACUACAAAAUGGUCAACAUGAAGCUCUCAAUAUUUUUGCUAUCGUGUUUGUUGGUUGGGACAUUGGCCAAACCUAGAUCAGAAGUAGAAGAGAGGCCAAAACGAAAUUCUGAGGCUGAGAAUAGCAAUGAUUCCUUUUCACUGCAAAGUCUAAUGGCAGGAUUACCAGGCAAUUUGCCAACUGUUCUAAGGGAGCUUCCAGGAGACCUUUCAGAUAUAACUUCAUCUGUCGCACAGAUCAUAUCGGGUGAAACUCCCAUGGAAUCAGUAAUGUCAAACAUCCAAAGAUUCCUCAAACAAAUUAAUCCGUUGAGUUCAAUUUUGAACUCUAUCCCAAUAAUUUCCACCCUUUACAACGUUGUAAUAAGAUUUGUGAGCAUACCCAUUACUAUCGUUGCCAAUAUAGUGAGUUUAAUUCUUAGAAUUAUUGGAAAAAUAUUGCCAGGAUUCAGUCUAUCAGGACUUUAAACAUGCAUGUUAUUGUAUGACACGUGAUUAUAAGAAUAAAGUCAAAUCCUAA